AUGCAGGACUCCGUGCUGUCAGAUGCCGGGACCUCGAAGCCGGAUUCGCCGUACGGAUCUCCGACCGGGAGGAGCCCCGCUGUCAUCCCGACUCCGGACUUGGCCCAUCUGAUCGUGUAUACCGGCGACAUGGGCCAGCCCGCUCCCAGUCUAUCGGACAAUAUGAUCAACAUGGCGCACAUGAGAUUCCUGGUGCACUUUUCUCUAGCACUCGCCGUGCCCGAACUCGAUCCGAGUCUUAUCGAACGAAACACCCAAGUCAUUCUCAAGACAGGGUCCGAUGCCCCGUACCUCAUGCACGAGAUCCUUGCCCUGUCAGCUCGGCAUAUGUCGAUCCUUGAGCCAGAAAACGCAAUGGAAUUCCUACACGACGCAGUUCAGCUACAAACAAGAGCGAUUUCAUUAUUCAACGCUCAAAAGGCGCGGAUAGACGAGCCCAGCUGCGUCCCCUUGGUCCUGUUCUCCGCCAUCCUUGGCCGUCAUCUGUGCAUCGACGCACUUGCAUUCCGCAGCACCAGUCUGGAUCCGUUCAUUGACUGCUACGUGAACUUUGCCAGGAUCCGGAGAGGCGUCAGGGUAAUUGUGAGUCGCGCCUGGGCAUUGUUGAAGACAUCGGAGCUUGUCCCUUUGAUGUCGUGGGGCUUGGGCCUGAGUCGGCUGAAAGGUGUCGGUCCUGAUUGUGAUAGCAUCCUGGACUUGAUAUCUACAUCACCAAACAUUUCGCCCGCUGAGAAGGAGAUUUAUAUGUCGGCUAUCGACCUAAUACAGGUCGCACUAGAUGAUCUAGACACCAGAGUAUUCAUGGGUCGGAAGUACCUGAUCCAGAUGGUAUUUUCCUGGUCACUGAUGGUAUCAGAGGAAUAUACUAGGAAGCUUGCCGAAAGAAAGCCUGAAGCGAUAGCUAUUCUCGCUUAUUACGCUUCUAUUCUGCAUCUGGCACGGGACCUUUGGCACAUUGGCGAUUCAGGGGCAUAUCUGUUGGAAGUAAUCUGCCAACAUCUGGGAGAUGAGUGGGCCGAGUGGUUGGCCUUACCCCGGCAGAUUGUUUUCACAGAAACUUCCUACAUUCCAUCACAUCCUCUGCUCCCAUCAUUAUAA